CGGAUGUCCCGGCUGUGGUCUGUGCUCGGGUUCGGGCUGCUGGUGGCGGGCUCGCGCCUGCCGCGAGUCAGGUCCCAGGCCAACGCCUGUCGUGCGGGACCCACCUGGUGGGGACCGCGGCGGCAGAGCUCGGGUGGCCGCGGGGACUCAGAGGUCAUGGCAAGCGCGGUGGUGAAGUACUUGAGCCAGGAGGAGGCUCAGGCCGUGGACCAGGAGCUGUUUAACGAGUACCAGUUCAGCGUGGACCAACUUAUGGAGCUGGCUGGGCUGAGCUGUGCUACAGCCAUUGCCAAGGCUUAUCCUCCCACGUCAUUGUCCAGGAAUCCCCCUACUGUCCUGGUCAUCUGUGGCCCUGGGAAUAAUGGAGGAGAUGGCUUGGUCUGUGCCCGACACCUCAAACUCUUUGGCUACCAGCCAACCAUCUAUUACCCCAAAAGACCCAAUAAGCCACUCUUCACUGCACUGGUGACCCAAUGUCAGAAAAUGGACAUCCCUUUCCUUAGUGAAAUGCCUCCAGAGGCCAUGCUGAUUGAUGAGCUAUAUGAGCUGGUGGUGGACGCCAUCUUUGGCUUCAGCUUCAAGGGUGAUGUUCGGGAGCCAUUCCGCAGCAUCCUGAGUGUCCUGAAUGGACUCACUGUGCCCAUUGCCAGCAUCGACAUUCCCUCAGGAUGGGACGUGGAGAAGGGAAACUCUGGAGGGAUCCAGCCAGACUUGCUCAUCUCCCUGACUGCACCCAAAAAGUCUGCCACCCAGUUCACAGGUCGCUACCAUUACCUGGGGGGUCGUUUCGUACCACCUGCUCUGGAAAAGAAGUACCAGCUGAAUCUGCCACCAUACCCUGACACGGAGUGUGUGUAUCGUCUGCAGUGAGGGAAGCCUGGUCUCUUGUCGCAGAAAUUCGAAACAAUGCGCCCUGGAGUCGGAGACGGGCUUUAUUCCCUGACCUCAGCGCACUUCGUGCAGCGCCAGGAAUCGCGAAUGCGUUCAGUCGUCAUUUGUUGAACUGAACGGCUUAGGUGGGAAUUUCUGUGACGGACUUACAAUGGAUACCUGUGGACCAAAGCAAGUAGGUCCCAGGCUGUGCGCCGCAAUCUCUGUGAAGGCUGCGAGCACACUUUCAGAACUGUCUCCCCUCCAGCCAACCUGAGUUUCCAGGAGAAGCGGCUCUUUUUACAGCGGGUCAAAAGAGCCGGCUGCCUUCUCCCUAGGCCUCCUUCCUUCUGAGGUCUAAAUUCCAGCCCUCCCGCGCCGCAGUUUUACUUGGGUAAAACUACUCUCCUGAGCCCAGGCUCCAACUGCCACCACUCAGGAGACAGCAGCCCCUUACCGUCACUGCGGGAGGCUCUGGGCGGAAACAUGUGCCAGAUCUGACUCGGGAGCCGCCACCUUCCCGGAAGUGUCGUUUUGGUCCUUCUAGGCUGUCCAAACCAUAGAGACGAAUCCAGGAACCAAAUCUUGGUCCUCCCAAGAGAAACAGCAUGGGGUGGGCUGUUAUGGUUGCUAUAGAAACUGGGCCGCAGAGCGUGUCCAUUUCCGGAGGUACUGGAGGUGUGCCCCU